AUGCUCAGGGUCGCAGGUCGACGCAUAUCCUCCCAUCUCGCAUGGCGCCCCGCCGCGGCCGCCUCCGCCGGCAGCAGCCCCCUCGCCGGCGGCCUCCCUGGCGACGACUUCCCCCGGGACCAGAAUCCGCGCUUCGCCAUCGAAUCACCCUUCCACGUCGCUGCCAGAGGCUUUUCGGCUGAAUCUCUUGUUCCGAGGGACCAGGAUGUAGAGUUGGCUGAGCUCACACCAACUACGGCAGCUCUGAAGAAUCCCUGUGCCAAAAUUGUCUACGAUGAGUAUAACCACGAGAGGUACCCACCUGGUGACCCCAGCAAGCGUGCCUUUGCCUACUUUGUGUUGAGUGGUGGGAGAUUUGUGUACGCAUCCUUGUUGCGUUUGCUCGUCUUAAAGUUUGUCCUGAGUAUGUCAGCAAGUAAGGAUGUGCUUGCCCUUGCUUCCCUUGAGGUUGACCUGUCAAGUAUUGAGCCCGGUACCACUGUGACUGUAAAGUGGCGGGGCAAGCCAGUUUUCAUCAGGCGCAGGACUGAAGAUGAUGUGAAGCUGGCCAACAGUGUUGAUGUUACAUCUCUCCGUGAUCCACAGGAGGAUGCGGUGCGUGUCAAGAACCCUGAGUGGCUUGUUGUCAUUGGUGUCUGCACUCACUUGGGUUGCAUUCCCCUCCCCAACUCUGGGGACUUCGGUGGCUGGUUCUGCCCAUGUCAUGGCUCACACUACGACAUCUCAGGUAGAAUCAGGAAGGGCCCAGCACCAUACAACCUGGAGGUCCCGACCUACAGUUUCUUGGAAGAUAACAAAAUGCUUAUUGGCUAA